CACCGAGCCAGACCCAGCCUGCCCGCACCAUGGCUGGCCCCAGCCUCGCCUGCUGUCUGCUCGGCCUCUUGGCGCUGACCUCCGCCUGCUACAUCCAGAACUGCCCCCUAGGGGGCAAGAGGGCCGCGCUGGACCUCGAAGUGCGCAAGUGCCUCCCCUGCGGCCCCGGGGGCAAGGGGCGCUGCUUCGGGCCCAGCAUCUGCUGCGCUGAUGAGCUGGGCUGCUUCGUGGGCACCGCCGAGGCGCUGCGCUGCCAGGAGGAGAACUACCUGCCGUCGCCCUGCCAGUCCGGCCGGAAGCCCUGCGGGAGCGGGGGCCGCUGCGCCGCCGCUGGCAUCUGCUGCAGCCCGGAGGGCUGUAAGUACGACCUCGACUGCAACCCCGACGCUGCCGCUGCCUUCUCCCAGCCUUGA